GUGAUUUCGGUUGAUGAACGGUUGUUAGAUGCAAUUUGUCGCAUUCAGAGAUGGUGGCGACGAAUUCUUCAGCGCCGAAAACUUGAGCAGUCGGCAAUUCGUAACCUGUUGAUAAGCCAGAAGAAAAGAAUGCUCAGUAGAUCUGUAUCAGCAAGAUCGAGUACACCUUUAAAUACUCGACUUUAUCAUUCGCCAAGAAUCGCUACUAACAUAAUGAAGAAAAUGAAAAACUUUGAACCCUUUGUGCGAAGCAAUGGAGAUAUCAAUUUUAGAUCUUCUUCAUUCAGGUUAAAGGAAGAGAAACCUUUAACGCGCCUAAACAAAUUUGAUGAGAACCUUUCUUCAUUACAACCAGUGAAUGGUGGUCCGAGUUCCUUUUUAAUGGGCAAAAAUACUGAGGAACUAAUGAAUGCCAUUAUGGCAGAUCUUGAAAAAUUGGGAGCUGUUCAGUCAGAGCUUGUUUUACAUAACGGUCAGCGUCCCAAGGAAAGUGGAAAAAGUGCUAAAACAUUGCAAAAGAUAAAUCAGUUACUUAAGGACGCACAGUCUACGGUAACAAUGAGCUCUGAAGGUGAUAACCAGCAAUCCUUUGAGAUCAGUCAGUCUCCAAAUCGAAAUCCUGCAGCACAACAGAGCUACGGCAGGGACUCCAUUCUAACACCCAGACAACUCUGCCCUUUAAGAGACGAAUCGCUUUCUAACAAUAAAACAUUAACAGUAUCUAACGGAAAUACAACAUAUGAUCUUCAAGGUGAACUUGAGAUAUCCCCUGUUUUCUCAAAGAAUUCAUCCGAAAAUAUGGUAAGUCCAAAAGGCAAUAAUGUUAGAUAA